AUGGCUACAACUAACAGUUUCCUCCUUCUCCUGCUCCUCCUAAUUUCACUAACCGCUGGGGUUACGCUCGGUCAGGACUCGCUGACGUCAUCAUCUACGUCAUCAUCAUAUGGCGCUGAAUUAUUAAUCGAGGAUUUGUACGAUGCGCUCAGCUCGGCUAAGUCACUUGUCGGGUCACUAGAAAAAGCCAUGUUUAUGAUUGGCAGUAUUGUUCAACACGACGAUAAGAAAAAAUCCCCCUACUCGCUAUCAACUUACGGGAAAAGACAUUACGAUCCAUUGGGAACAGGCGGAAGAUUCGGAAGACGUUAA